GGAGAAAGCCCUGUGGGAAGGGGGAGGCGGGGGAGGGGUGUUAGGAAGUUAUUUAAGGGCCAACUUUCGGGUCCUCUUUCCUGCGUUCUUUUGGGGAAGUAGCAGAGACGCACAGAGCGAGCCUUCGCUGGGGCACCUGUGGAGGGCGCACGCAGGACCACGUGACACUGAGAAUGUCGGGCAGCUCCAGCAGCACCUUUGGGGGCAGGCGGGCAGUCCCGCCCAACAAUUCCAAUGCAGCAGAAGACGAGCUCCCCACAGUGGAGCUGCAGGGGCUGCUGCCCCGGGGUGUGAACCUGCAAGACUACCUCAGUGUCACAGACGUGCACCUCUUCAAGGAGAGAUGGGACACCAACAAGAUUGAGCACCACACCGACAAGUAUGACAACAGCAAGCUGAUUGUGCGCAGGGGGCAGCCCUUCUACGUGCAGAUUGACUUUAACCGUCCCUACGACCCCAAGAGGGAUUUUUUCAGGGUGGAAUACGUCAUUGGUCGCUACCCUCAAGAAAACAAGGGAACCUACAUCCCAGUGCCGGUGGUCCCGGAGCUGCAGAGUGGAAAGUGGGGGGCCAAGGUCAUCAUGAAUGAGGACAAGUCUGUCCGGCUGUCCAUCCAGUCUUCGCCCGAAUGCAUUGUGGGGAAAUUCCGCAUGUAUGUUGCCGUGUGGACCCCCUAUGGCAUACUCCGAACUCGCCGAAACCCAGAUACAGACACGUACAUUCUCUUCAACCCUUGGUGUGAAGAGGAUGCUGUAUACCUGGAUGAUGAAAAAGAGAAAGAAGAGUAUGUCCUGAAUGACCUUGGGGUGAUUUUUUACGGCGAGGUCAAUGACAUCAAGAGUAGAAGCUGGAGCUAUGGCCAGUUUGAAGAUGGCAUCCUCGAUGCUUGCUUGUACGUGAUGGAUAGGGCACAGAUGGAUCUCUCUGGCAGAGGAAACCCCAUCAAAGUCAGCCGCGUGGGGUCUGCAAUGAUUAAUGCUAAAGAUGAUGAGGGUGUCAUCGUUGGAUCCUGGGACAACAUCUACGCUUAUGGUGUCCCACCAUCGGCCUGGACUGGAAGUGUCGACAUUCUACUGGAAUACCGGAGCUCCGAGAACCCAGUCCGGUAUGGCCAGUGCUGGGUGUUUGCCGGUGUCUUUAACACAUUCCUACGAUGCCUUGGAAUACCAGCAAGAGUCAUUACCAAUUAUUCCUCGGCCCACGAUAAUGAUGCCAAUUUGCAAAUGGACAUCUUCCUGGAAGAAGACGGGAACGUGAGCUCCAAACUCACCAAGGACUCGGUGUGGAACUACCAUUGCUGGAACGAAGCGUGGAUGACGAGGCCCGACCUCCCCGUCGGGUUUGGAGGCUGGCAAGCCGUGGACAGCACCCCCCAGGAAAACAGCGACGGCAUGUACCGCUGUGGCCCAGCCUCCGUCCAGGCCAUCAAGCACGGCCACGUCUGCUUCCAGUUUGACUCCCCUUUCGUCUUUGCCGAGGUCAACAGUGAUAUUAUUUACAUCACAGCCAAGAAGGACGGCAGUCACGUGGUGCAAGCUGUGGAUACCACCUCCAUUGGAAAAUUAAUUGUGACCAAGCAGAUUGGAGGUGACGGCAUGACCGACAUUACCGAUGCUUACAAAUUCCAAGAAGGUCAAGAAGAAGAGAGGCUGGCCUUAGAAACCGCCCUGAUGUACGGCGCUAAGAAAGCCCUCAGCACAGAAGGCGUCAUCAAGUCGAGGUCUGACGUGGACAUGAACUUCGAAGUGGAAAAUGCCGUGCUGGGGAAAGACCUCAAGCUCACCGUCACCUUCCAGAACAGCAGCCCCAACCGCUACACCGUCUCAGCCUAUCUCUCGGGCAACGUCACUUUCUACACCGGGGUCUCCAAAGUCGAGUUCAAGAACGAGUCGUUCAGAGUGGUGCUGGAGCCCCUGUCCUACAAGAAAGAGGAAGUGUGGAUCAGAGCCGGCGAGUACAUGGGCCAGCUGCUGGAGCAGGCGUCGCUGCACUUCUUCGUCACCGCCCGAGUCAAUGAGACCAAGGAUGUGCUGGCCAAGCAGAAGUCCGUGGUGCUCACGGUCCCCAAGGUCGUCAUCAAGGUGCGUGGCACUCCCGAAGUCGGUUCUGACAUGGUUGUCACAGUCGAGUUCACCAAUCCUUUACAAGAAACUCUGCAAAACGUCUGGAUCCACCUGGAUGGCCCUGGGGUGAUACGGCCAAAGAGGAAGUUGUUCCGUGAAAUCCGGCCCAACUCCACCGUGCAGUGGGAAGAAGUGUGUCGGCCGUGGGUCCCCGGCCCUCGGAAGUUGAUCGCCAGCAUGACCAGUGACUCCCUGCGACACGUGUACGGCGAGCUGAACUUGGAGAUUCGAAGACGACCUUCUAUGUAAAGGCACCGGAGGCUGAGACAGCCACCAGCACUUGGCCUCGUGUAGUCUUGGCUAAGAAAAUUCUAAUGCAGAAAUAGUCAACCCGUGCUUUAACUUAGGUGUGAAGACUAGAGAGGCCCCAGGGUAGAAAUGACACGGAUUAUAGACACACCUUCCCCAACCCAGGCUAUCCGUGUGGGUGGUAGCUUCAACUCAUUCCAUCGCCAAAGGAUUCUGAGCGUUAUCUCUAAUUAAGCUCUAAUUAAGCUCCCAUAGCUCAUAAAAGCCAUGAUUUAUCAUCACAAAUGGCUGCAGCGCCAAGUGUCGGAGGGCUUCCCUCGCCUCCUGUAAAACAAGACUUCUGAUUUACCAGUCUUUGGGGGAUAGCAUAUUUCCCUGAAAUGGAGGCGAGCACAUGAUUUGGGCUUAGAAUUCUGUUCCACUUUCGUGGAAUGAGGUGCCACCCUCUAUGUCAGAAUAUUUUUCCCAGGCAUCGAGCACAGCAUCAUUUCUCUUCGUGGCAAAGCCACAGGAAGGUCUUUCAUCUUGCACCUGCUGCCAAGUGACUGCCUGCCAAAUCGCACAGAUUUACCUUGUGAGAAGAUGGGCCCCAUAUUAACAAAUUGCAUUUGUGGAAAACUUAAUCACCUAAGAGGAGAUCAAAAAGCAGGUGCAAUCCUCAGAUCUAUUAAAUAAUGUAGUUUAUGAUGCAUUUUAUAAGAGGCAUCACACUAACCUGAUCAGCAGGCACCGAUAGCCCUAACUUUAACUCUUUCUGGGGUGCAGAAUUAGAAAGUAAUGAGGCUGGUUUGGGACUGGAGGAACGAGGAAUCACGCUCCUUAAUUAGUGAUUGUGCUUCACCUCUGUCCCUGCAAUGCUAACUUUCACAGAAUGGCGCAGGCCCAGGUCCCUUUUACAAUAGAAUUAUUCCACUGGGUUGGAAACAGUGCCCGGAUGUGGGGAAGGAGGGCAGCCACUGGUUGUCCCGUGUCUCCACAUGAGACCUCCGCGAAACACUGAGCUCACUGAAGGCCACGUGGACUCAGCCUUGCAAACAGCCAGGGCAAGUUCUGACCCAACCCUGGGGAACACCCAGAUCAUUUGUACUAGGCAACACGCUUUCCCCAGACAAGGCUCUUAGGCAACACGCUUUCCCCAGACAAGGCUCCCGGGACGUGUAUUUGCAAGGCUGAUGUAUGGUCAGGAUCUGCAUUGAUAUGCCUGGGGUGUGAUUUAGGUCAGUAGACUGUGAUUCUCAGCAUAUAGAA